AUGGUUCCAGCUGGACGACAAAAGGAUGGAAUCCAGAAACAUCAAAGUGACAUGAUUUCAGUGCAGGAACCUGUAGCCAUUUUCUCUGGCAUUCUAAAGAUACUGGGGGAUAAAAUAGCUGGACCAGGGGUAUCAGCCUUCGGGCUCCGGUUCGGCGCGGACACUCAUCAGCACCUGCCACCUCAGCCCCUGGCCGCGGGUCGCGCGUUCGCGGACACUGAGGACUCUCUGCAGGGUUCUUGCCGUGGCCCUGGGGUGCGGAGCCUUUGGGAAGAUGCUGCCGCCGGGCGAUGGCGAGCUUAUUCUCAGGCUCGACGGUGGCUGGGAGUUUGCUACCUGCGCGUUAUCCCCGAGAGCCUCAUUAGCUUCGCUUCCUCACCCUCCUUUCCGGAUAAUUCAAGCUCCAUUUACAAAACUCCCAUGAAUCCUGGUUUUACAGCCACCAAACUUCCACAUAGUUUUGCCAGGGUUUGGAUACCUGAUCCUGAGGAAGUGUGGAAGUCGGCAGAGUUGCUCAAAGAUUAUAAACCUGGUGAUAAAGUGCUGCUGCUUCACCUUGAGGAAGGGACGGAUUUGGAAUACCGUCUAGAUCCAAAGACUAAGGAGCUGCCUCACUUACGGAACCCUGACAUACUUGUUGGAGAAAAUGAUCUCACAGCCCUCAGCUAUCUUCAUGAGCCUGCUGUGCUGCAUAAUCUCCGAGUUCGCUUCAUCGAUUCCAAACUCAUUUAUACAUAUUGUGGAAUAGUCCUAGUAGCUAUAAAUCCCUAUGAACAACUGCCUAUUUAUGGAGAAGAUAUUAUUAAUGCAUACAGUGGCCAGAACAUGGGUGACAUGGAUCCUCACAUCUUUGCAGUAGCUGAAGAGGCUUAUAAGCAAAUGGCAAGGGAUGAACGAAAUCAGUCCAUCAUUGUAAGUGGAGAGUCUGGCGCAGGAAAGACAGUCUCCGCUAAGUAUGCCAUGCGAUACUUUGCAACUGUAAGUGGUUCUGCCAGUGAGGCCAAUGUUGAGGAAAAAGUCUUGGCCUCCAACCCCAUUAUGGAGUCAAUUGGAAAUGCAAAAACAACCAGGAAUGAUAACAGCAGCCGAUUUGGGAAAUAUAUUGAAAUUGGUUUUGAUAAGAGAUAUCGAAUCAUCGGUGCCAACAUGAGAACUUACCUUUUAGAGAAAUCCAGAGUGGUAUUCCAGGCAGAAGAGGAGAGAAACUACCAUAUCUUCUAUCAACUCUGUGCUUCAGCAAAGUUACCUGAGUUUAAAAUGCUGCGAUUAGGAAAUGCAGAUAGUUUUCAUUACACAAAGCAAGGAGGCAGCCCUAUGAUUGAAGGAGUGGAUGAUGCGAAGGAGAUGGCACACACCAGGCAGGCCUGCACUCUGCUGGGAAUUAGUGAAUCUUAUCAAAUGGGAAUUUUUCGAAUACUUGCUGGCAUCCUUCACUUAGGCAAUGUUGGAUUUGCAUCUCGAGAUUCAGACAGCUGUACAAUACCUCCCAAGCACGAGCCACUUACCAUCUUCUGUGACCUCAUGGGUGUGGAUUACGAAGAGAUGUGUCACUGGCUCUGCCAUCGAAAGCUGGCUACUGCCACGGAGACAUAUAUCAAGCCCAUCUCCAAGCUGCAGGCCACAAAUGCCCGAGAUGCUUUGGCAAAGCACAUCUAUGCAAAGCUCUUUAACUGGAUUGUAGAUCAUGUCAACCAGGCUCUCCAUUCUGCUGUCAAGCAGCACUCUUUCAUUGGCGUGCUGGAUAUUUAUGGAUUUGAAACAUUUGAGAUAAAUAGUUUUGAACAGUUCUGCAUAAAUUAUGCAAAUGAAAAACUACAGCAACAAUUCAACAUGCAUGUCUUCAAAUUGGAGCAGGAGGAAUAUAUGAAGGAACAAAUUCCAUGGACACUCAUAGAUUUCUAUGAUAAUCAGCCUUGUAUCAAUCUUAUAGAAUCUAAACUGGGCAUUCUAGAUUUGCUGGAUGAGGAAUGCAAGAUGCCUAAAGGCACUGAUGAUACAUGGGCCCAAAAGCUGUACAACACACAUUUGAACAAAUGUGCCCUCUUUGAGAAGCCCCGUAUGUCAAACAAAGCCUUCAUCAUCAAACAUUUUGCUGACAAAGUGGAGUACCAGUGUGAAGGCUUUCUUGAAAAGAAUAAAGACACCGUUUUUGAAGAACAAAUUAAAGUCCUUAAAUCAAGCAAGUUUAAGAUGCUACCAGAACUAUUUCAAGAAGAAGAGAAGGCCAUCAGUCCUACCUCCGCCACCUCAUCAGGGCGCACACCUCUCACUCGAGUUCCUGUAAAGCCCACCAAGGGCCGACCUGGCCAGAUGGCCAAAGAGCACAAGAAAACAGUGGGACACCAGUUUCGGAAUUCUCUUCACCUGCUUAUGGAAACCCUUAACGCCACAACUCCUCACUAUGUACGCUGCAUUAAGCCUAAUGAUUUCAAGUUUCCAUUCACAUUUGAUGAGAAGAGGGCAGUGCAGCAACUGAGAGCAUGUGGUGUUCUGGAGACCAUCCGAAUCAGUGCAGCAGGUUUUCCCUCACGGUGGACUUAUCAGGAGUUUUUCAGCCGGUAUCGGGUCCUAAUGAAGCAAAAAGAUGUGCUGGGAGAUAGAAAGCAAACAUGCAAGAAUGUAUUAGAGAAACUGAUAUUGGACAAGGACAAAUACCAGUUUGGUAAAACAAAAAUCUUUUUCCGUGCUGGUCAAGUGGCCUAUCUAGAAAAACUGAGGGCAGAUAAACUGAGGGCUGCCUGCAUCCGGAUCCAGAAGACCAUCCGUGGGUGGCUGCUAAGGAAGAAAUACCUGUGCAUGCAGAGGGCAGCCAUCACAGUGCAGCGAUACGUGCGGGGCUAUCAGGCUCGAUGCUAUGCUAAGUUUCUGCGCAGAACCAAGGCAGCCACCACAAUUCAAAAGUACUGGCGCAUGUAUGUGGUCCGCAGAAGGUACAAGAUUCGACGAGCUGCCACUAUUGUUGUUCAGUCUUAUUUGAGAGGCUAUUUGGCAAGAAAUAGGUAUCGCAAGAUACUCCGUGAGCACAAAGCAGUCAUUAUUCAGAAACGUGUCCGUGGCUGGCUGGCUCGUACACAUUAUAAGAGGACCAUGCAAGCCAUCAUCUACCUUCAGUGCUGCUUCCGGAGGAUGAUGGCCAAGCGUGAGCUGAAGAAACUGAAAAUUGAGGCUCGCUCUGUGGAACGCUACAAGAAGCUCCACAUUGGCAUGGAAAACAAGAUUAUGCAGCUACAGCGCAAAGUGGAUGAGCAGAAUAAAGACUACAAAUGCCUCAUGGAGAAACUGACCAACCUGGAAGGAGUAUACAACUCUGAGACUGAAAAACUACGAAAUGAUGUAGAACGUCUUCAGUUAAGUGAGGAGGAAGCUAAGGUUGCCACCGGGCGGGUCCUUAGUCUACAGGAAGAAAUUGCCAAACUCCGAAAAGACCUGGAACAAACUCGAUCAGAGAAAAAAUCCAUUGAAGAACGAGCAGAUAAAUACAAACAAGAAACGGAGCAGCUGGUGUCAAAUUUGAAGGAAGAAAACACUUUGCUGAAGCAGGAAAAGGAGACCCUCAAUCACCUCAUUGUGGAGCAGGCUAAGGAGAUGACAGAAACUAUGGAGAGGAAGUUAGUAGAAGAGACAAAACAGCUGGAGCUUGACCUGAAUGAUGAGAGGCUGAGGUAUCAGAACCUUCUGAAUGAGUUCAGUCGUCUGGAGGAGCGCUAUGAUGACCUCAAGGAGGAGAUGACCCUGAUGCUGAAUGUGCCUAAGCCAGGACACAAGAGAACAGAUUCUACCCACAGCAGUAAUGAGUCUGAGUACACCUUCAGCUCUGAAUUUGCAGAAACUGAAGACAUUGUACCAAGGACAGAGGAGCCAAGUGAGAAGAAGGUGCCUCUGGACAUGUCAUUGUUCCUUAAGCUCCAGAAGCGUGUCACAGAGCUGGAACAGGAGAAGCAGAUAAUGCAGGAUGAACUGGACCGAAAGGAGGAGCAGGUGUUACGAAGCAAGGCAAAAGAAGAAGAAAGACCACCAAUUAGAGGUGCCGAACUAGAAUAUGAGUCCCUCAAGCGUCAAGAACUGGAAUCAGAAAACAAAAAACUGAAAAAUGAGCUGAAUGAAUUGCGCAAAGCCCUCAGUGAGAAAAGUGCCCCAGAAGUGACUGCGCCAGGUGCUCCUGCCUACCGUGUCCUCAUGGAACAACUGACCUCUGUGAGUGAGGAGCUUGAUGUUCGAAAGGAGGAAGUCCUCAUCUUGCGGUCUCAGCUGGUGAGCCAGAAAGAAGCCAUCCAACCCAAGAAUACAAUGACAGAUUCCACAAUACUUUUGGAAGAUGUACAGAAAAUGAAAGACAAAGGUGAAAUAGCACAAGCAUAUAUUGGUUUGAAGGAAACAAACAGAUCAUCUACUAUGGAUUACCAGGAAUUGAAUGAGGAUGGAGAGCUCUGGCUGGUUUAUGAAGGGUUAAAACAAGCCAACAGGCUCUUGGAAUCCCAGCUACAAUCUCAGAAGAGGAGCCAUGAGAAUGAGGCCGAGGCCCUCCGUGGGGAGAUCCAGAGCCUAAAGGAAGAAAACAACCGGCAACAGCAGCUGCUGGCUCAGAACCUGCAGCUGCCCCCAGAGGCCCGCAUUGAGGCCAGCCUGCAGCAUGAGAUUACACGGCUGACCAAUGAAAACCUGUAUUUUGAGGAAUUAUAUGCAGAUGACCCUAAGAAGUAUCAAUCAUAUCGGAUUUCACUUUACAAAAGGAUGAUUGAUUUGAUGGAACAACUUGAAAAGCAGGAUAAAACUGUCCGAAAACUGAAAAAACAACUGAAAGUCUUUGCCAAAAAAAUUGGUGAACUAGAAGUGGGUCAGAUGGAGAACAUAUCUCCAGGACAGAUCAUUGAUGAGCCCAUCCGGCCAGUCAAUAUUCCCCGGAAAGAAAAGGAUUUCCAAGGAAUGCUGGAGUACAAAAGGGAGGAUGAGCAGAAGCUUGUUAAGAACCUGAUUCUAGAAUUGAAGCCACGUGGAGUGGCUGUCAAUCUGAUUCCAGGGUUACCAGCAUAUAUCUUAUUUAUGUGUGUGCGACAUGCUGACUACCUGAACGAUGAUCAGAAAGUAAGAUCAUUGCUGACAUCAACAAUUAACAGCAUCAAAAAAGUCUUGAAGAAAAGAGGUGAUGAUUUUGAAACUGUCUCCUUCUGGCUCUCUAACACAUGCCGGUUUUUGCACUGUUUGAAGCAAUAUAGUGGAGAAGAGGGCUUCAUGAAACACAACACAUCUCGCCAGAAUGAACACUGUCUCACAAAUUUUGAUCUUGCUGAAUAUCGGCAAGUGCUGAGCGACUUGGCCAUUCAGAUCUACCAGCAACUUGUGAGGGUGUUAGAGAACAUCCUUCAGCCAAUGAUAGUCUCAGGUAUGCUAGAGCAUGAAACAAUUCAGGGUGUAUCCGGGGUGAAGCCCACAGGGCUCAGAAAGCGAACCUCCAGUAUCGCAGAUGAGGGCACCUACACAUUGGACUCCAUCCUGCGGCAGCUCAAUUCCUUCCAUUCAGUCAUGUGUCAGCAUGGCAUGGACCCAGAGCUAAUCAAGCAGGUGGUCAAGCAGAUGUUCUACAUUGUGGGCGCCAUCACCCUAAACAACCUACUCCUGCGCAAGGACAUGUGCUCUUGGAGCAAAGGCAUGCAGAUCAGGUACAAUGUCAGUCAAUUGGAAGAGUGGCUCCGUGACAAGAAUCUAAUGAACAGUGGAGCCAAAGAGACCCUGGAACCUCUCAUUCAGGCUGCUCAGCUUUUGCAAGUGAAAAAGAAAACUGAUGAUGAUGCCGAAGCCAUCUGCUCCAUGUGCAAUGCCCUGACCACUGCCCAGAUCGUCAAGGUAUUGAAUCUGUACACACCCGUUAAUGAGUUUGAAGAGAGGGUCUCUGUUUCAUUCAUCCGUACUAUACAGAUGCGGUUACGAGACAGGAAGGACUCUCCACAGCUGCUCAUGGAUGCUAAACACAUCUUUCCUGUCACCUUUCCCUUUAACCCAUCCUCCCUGGCCCUGGAAACCAUCCAGAUCCCAGCCAGCCUAGGCUUGGGUUUCAUUGCACGGGUCUGAAGUGCUGUCCAGGCAAACCUAGAGAACACAUUUCUUCUCUGAAUAAGAACAGUUGUUUCCAGUGAGCUACUGAAAAUACCUUUUUAAAGAAACAGUACUGAUCAUCUCUAAAAGAAGAUGUCAUUAACUGGAAAUCUCCCUAGAACCCUUCCAUUUGGGAAGAGACACCUUGUCCUGUGUGACCUUUGAAGCAGCAUUCAUUCUUCAUCAGUUGAGUUUACAUACAGCUGAGUGAUGGCAGGGAGGAACGAGAGGAAGGGAAAAGGUGUGUGUCUUCAGCUGACAGCUUUUAUUUUAUUUAGGGCUGCAUUUAAGUGACAUAGAAAAAUAAUUCCAUAUGUAUGAACUGUUGUUAACAAGGCACAAACAAAGAACUGAAAGAAAAAUCAGCACUGAACAUAUAUCAUAUCAGCUUAGGAGCCAAUCAUGUUGAUAUUGUCAAACUGGAUCAAAAAAAUAAACUGGCAAUAUGUAAAGUAAUUGCCCAAGUAACUUCCUUAUUUGUGUCAUUAUGGUACAGUGAUACUAAAGAUGCUGGUUUGCUAGGUAGCUUAGUUGCCCUUUUGUACUGUAGCUUACCAAGCAUCUUAAAUUACUGCUACGAGCGGUCUCCUGACCUAAGUGAUAGUCUUUUUAGGCACUACACAGUAAGCUUCUCUUUCAUCACUCUGUUUACAAUUCAACCAGAUCAGUUUUAACUGGAUUAUAUGCAAUUAUCCACAGGUUCAUCUGCACAAGUAGCAGACACUGGAAGUUGUGUAGUAAAUAGGACAAGAUGCUUGAUGUUUAGAUAGAAUUAGAGUGACUGUUGAUGUCAUUGAUGAUCAGAAUGUAUUACAUUGAUAUGCUGAUUUUACCUGUGUGGAUAUCAUAUCAUGGUAUAGUGUUCUGUAAAAUUACUUAUUUUUAGUUCCCAAAUCUGAUUCUUGUCAUGCAUAUAUUCAACCUUAAUCAGUUCUUUUUUUAAUUUAUUAAGUGUUAGCCUCAGUCACUAUCUAGAAAGUACUGUCAGAAUAUUUAUGAUUCAGAUCUUGAAGCUUUGAUUAUCCUAUAAGUUAUUCAAAACAGACAUAUAAUAAAUCAUUAUAAAUCAGGGGUUUUAGGUGUUAUAACCUCUAUAAAUGUUCUCAGAUACCACUGAGUACUUUAAAAACAUCAUAUUAUAAAUACAUUAAGAAGAUUUAUGUAAGAAAUAUAAGAUUAUUAAUUUUAUAAAGGAUUUGGUUCAGUAAGACCUAGAUUCUAUAAAUUUUCAUUAUGAAAUUCUAAUUAACAUAUUCUCCAUUUUUUCCUGGAAAUCUUAUAUAAUAAAUCCUUUGGGUUAUGCAAGAGCAAAAUUCUUAGCUUUCAUUCCUCUAGUUCUUAAUUACAAUCAUCAAUUUGUAUAGUUACACUGUAAGAUGGUCUGUAACAGUGACAUUUAAAUAUGUGCAAUAUUAUUGAUGAGAGCUAAACAUUUCAAGUCAAUGAUAAAUCCUGUUAUUAAACAGCAAUUAUUGUCCAUUAUCUUACUGGAGCCUGAAUGUCCUUGUUUAUAAAGUAAGAGGGUUGGACAGCUGGUUGUUCCAGCCACUUCCCCAUUUACAGUUUCCUCAUGCUUGGUUCCUAGAGAAAGGGCCACAGUUACUCAGUCAGUCCUGUUGUAAAGACCAGUGUUUAGCACCUGUCAGUUCCCUAGGUUUAAUAUAGUAAGUCACAAGUUUAUGUGUCCAUAACGUUUUCUUAAAAGACAUCAUUUAGGUACUUUAGGAAAAUCCUAAUAUAUUUGUAUUAUUUGAAAGUUACUUAGUUAAACAUUUUUUUUUACAUGAUGACUGCUGUUUUGUUUAAGGGAAUUUGGAUUUUAGGGGGUUUUGUUGUUGUUUUGGUUUUUGGGGUUUUUUUGAGUGCUGGGGAUUGAACCCGCUGCCUCAUGUGCGUUAAAUAAGUAAGUACCCUAUCACUGAGCUACAGGCUCAACCCUUUUUCAGUUCUAAUACAUUUAUUUAUUUGCAGGACCUAAAACACUAAUUCAACCAGAUUCGGUUUUCCUGGGUUUUCCAUAUUGUUUCAGUGAUCAGUUAAUGCUUAAAGCCAUUUCAUUAGUGCUGUGUCAUACAGCAUCGAGGGGCAGCAGGUGGCAGUUACUAAGCAAACAGAGCCAUGUGUAGGCUGUCUUCCCACAGCCGUGGCAAUCUUCCCACACCCUGCUCCCAGCUUAAUCUUGUGUAGGACGAUUGAUGUACACCCUGAGUUUUGUCUUCAAGAUCAUGCUGUCACAGCCACUGUCCCUGCAGCCCUUCUUUUUCCUUCUUCAGACAUUGUGUCCUACAGUUCCUGGCACUUUCCCUCUUGUAUUUUUCUCUGCUGUCAAGAACUGGCGCUACUGCUCCAUAGCUGUUCCCACUCUGCAGUUCUCCUGCUUUGGCAACAAUGGCUCGGAGUUUCUAUGAUUCUAGGCUUCAAGUCUUUCAGGCUGCUUCAGAACCCCAGCUGGAGAUCUUAAGUAACGUCUCUUGUUUCUCUGGAGGGUUUUAGUCCUCAGAAGCAUACUUUAUAACCAGGGAACCUCAGAACCUGGUAAGAAGUGACUGUGUGCACUUCGUUAGUGAGGCGCCAGGUUUCUGCUGAUGAGGUAGGGUCAUCUCCCCUCCGUCAGUCAUCUGGACCCUCACCUAGCUGCAGACACACCCAGCUUUCCCCUGCCUGUCACCCUGUCCCACUUCUUCCCUCAGCCUAUUUCACCAGCGGAUGGUUUCUGUGGUCCUGGCUGGCAUGCAUGGGACUCAGCUCUUGGUGUCCGUGCACAUGCCUUCUACUCUCAUCUUUGUGCUCCUUAGCAUUGGCUUUUCUAUAACCCCGUGCGGUGGCACACUUGGACUCCAAAGAGGGAGGGAGCUCUUGAAAGGCACAGCAGCACAGCACCUCUUACUCUUAGUACCCCUCCUGUAGCCACCCACUUUCCCUGCUGCAGGUGCAGCUCCCGCCCUUGGGAUCCAGGGUGAGAAGAAGCAGUUCCCCUCCCCUUCCUGCGGCCUUUCUUCUUAGUCCAAGGCUUGAUUCUGCCUUCGAGUAACUCCAAGGCAGGAAAGAUAAGCACGAAACAAAAUGCACCAAGGACAACUUGAUGGUUCUGUUGGGAGCUUUGAACAUUCCACAUGACCUGGCACUGCUUUGAAAGCAAACAUACAGAACUAGAAUCCAAAGCCAAGUAAUAGGAGAUUUAGAUUUGUGCCAGUUUAGAUGGCUUGCUUUGUUGCUGAUUCAUUUCGGUAGAUAAAGAAUGACUCCUUAUGGGUGAGCAAGUGUGUGUGAUGCACAUAUUCUUUAGUAGUAUAUACAGGAGGCUGUGAAAUUGAGUCUCGGUGUCUUGAUUGUCGUGAGAAAUUGCAGUUCUGACAAUUCUAGGAGAAGAGGAGCUACCACCAUCCUGAGAACCCCACAAAGAGCCCCCUCUCUCACACACACCAUAACUAGAUGAGAGUUCUUCAGGAGGCAUAACCAGGGGUCCUCUGGGUAACCCCAGCCUCUUAGGAUAAAGAGCAAAUGUCUGUGUGUGACACUGCAUGGUCCUGCUGAAAGUAGAACAGAACUAGUGCCCAUAUGCAUGUGCUUCAUGCCAGCACUCUUUGUUACCUCACUUCCUCACAGCGUCCACAGGAGAGAGCUCCCACAGUCAGUGCAAAUGAUAAUUCGGGACAAUGAUAUGGUCAGUGACUUGCCUAGGGUGGCACUGCCCUCUAGCAGUGAGGGCAGAGGCUGCCCUGUCCCUCCAGAUGCUGUGGGGUACCCUGGGCUAGUAAGGGUACUCUUCAUCUUUAAUGGUAUGAGGGAAUAGACAAAGGAUGAGCAUCAACUUACUUCUUGGAGGCCGGUGCACAGUGCAUACAGCACCAGCUGUGACUAGGCUUGCCUUUUGUCAUGAAUCAAUCAGUGCUCCUUGACAGGGUAUGGACUCUCAAACCAGAAGCUGUCCGAACUAAAAGGGCAGGAAGCAGCCAACCUCAGAUGUGAAGAGACAAGGCAGGCCACUCUCCACAACCCUGAGGUUUCCCUGUGAGAGCCGCUGGCUGAGCUGCGUGGCCUACAGAGAACUCUCCCCUAGUUUCAUUUUGCUGCAGAGAGGAGCCCAGGCCACUAAGUACCUCCCUCCCUGGGGCUGUCCACCAUAGGUGAGUCAGUGUAAGCUUGGAAGUGCCACAGCUUGCUGCAGGGGAGAAGCUAGAAGCUGUGCUGUGGGCAUGCAUGCUUGAGGCCACACAGGCACUCACUCGUGCUAGUGCUUUGUAAUUUGUUCUCAGACUGUGCUGUGAGGGCCGCCUUAACCCUUGCCCCUUCCCUUUUAGAGCUGCCUUAAGUUUCCCAGAACUUGUCCUCAGUGAGGGAUAUCUUGCCAUGUUUCUUAAGGUUUUGUGAGGAUUUGGAUUGGAUGUGGCUUCCUACCACCAAUCCCUUUCUCCCCUUCCUGCAUCUCCUGCCACCUCUGUACUGUCAUUUCCAAACAAAGAUUGGAAUUUGUGAAGCAGCUAGUGAAAUGUUAGCUUUAAGAAUGUUUCUGAGAUAGUGCAACUCCUUGUGACAGUAAGCAAAUGAGCAUGCAUGGAAGCAGGACGGAAGUCAGUGUAUUCAUGGGGUCUCGCCUUUCACUAACCCUUUCUUAAUAAAGGCAAAAAUACAACUCUAAAAACUUUUUGUGGACAUCCUUUUAAAAUGUAAAGGUGGUGCCCUAGUGUAAAAGGCUGAGUAAAAACAGGAAAGUAGCUGUGUGAGUUUUAAUCCAUCAUAGCACCUAAAUUAACUGUAGAUCAAAAACUGAAAGAUGCCAUGUCAAACAUCUCCCAAAUGCAUUUUAUCAUUUUUUUAUUUUAUAAUUUGGUCUAGCUAGUUAAAAAUGUUGACGUAAUAGGUAGAAUUAGACUCAUAACAUAUCUAAAACAACUGACAUUUCCUUGGCAUUGUGAUAUUGAUGGAAUGGUUGGGAAAGUUCUGGGUUUGUUUUUUGAGGUUUGAAAUUGUCAUAUAUAAUUUAAUGCUUGGAAAGUUAAUGCAAUUCCAUGCAUUUUCCAGAGUCAGAAGUUUCAAAUAACUUACUGUUGUUAUGUGUUACAAAAUUUUAGCCUAAGUCACAUGAGCCCUUACUUGUCCUAUAAAUAGUGAUUUCUCCUUUAAAUGUGGAUAUGUGUUGUGAUUUGUAGUCCCUAAUUAUGUUCUUUUGUGGGUUCCUGAAGUAAUAUUGAUUUUCUCGUGUUCUUGGAAAGUUUACAUUGUUCCAACAGUGUUGCACAGAUGAGCUCAUGGCAUUUAACAUACUGUGUGUUUUUAUUUUAACUGUUUAUAACUUAUUGUGAAAUACAACAAAAUGGGACAUUGCAGUUUUCAUAUCUUUUUCCUCCUUGGAUCUGGAGAAAGAAUCUUCUUGAUCUACACAGUUAAUCUCUACAAAUUGUUUAGGUGAGGAAGCAGAAGCACAGCAUUACCAAGCCUCUCCAUGUCUGAACUGAGCCCACAGGAAAUCUUCAGGAAGGUUAACAAUUCACCUCAUAUCAACAAAGCCUUGGAAACAUGAGUUUUUCACUGGAUAUUACCUAAUGCUGAAAGGAAAGCCAAACCAAUAUCAGAAUGACAUUUUAUGCUCUAAAUUUGUAGCUGUCUAGUGUUGUACUUAGUGUGUAUCUGUCAUUAGUGCUGUAUUCUCCUAGCUAUUGUAGAAAAUUGUUGAAAUAAAGAUAAGGAUAUAAAGAA